AUGGCCGAUGUCUAUGGAGGCACAGCCAGCUGGCUACUCCAACCUCGAUUGGGGAUGGACCGUGAGAAAGAUAUUACGAUGUGGUGGAGGGAUGUGAAGUUGGACGGAGUAGUCGGCAUGGCCGGUGUCUAUGGAGGCACAGCCAGCUGGCUACUCCAACCUCGAUUGGGGUUGGACCGUGAGAAGGAUAUCACGAUAUGGUGCAGGGAUAUGAAAUUGGGGAGUGGAGUAGUCCAGAAGGUUGGCCCCGGCAGAAAGAUGGCUCGUGGCCGAAUCGGCCUUUCCUUUCACUCGCCUCACAACUUAUACCCCAUCGGCCAACUUUCCAGUGCGCCCAUACUGGAGAGAAACCCUCUGGGCAUGCUCGAUAGCUGCGUGGAGAAGAUCACCCCGGCCGAAGCUGUGCAGGCCUUGCUCUCUCAUGAGACUCAGGAGGCUGCCGUUGCUGAGUAG